UUCAUCCAACGGUCCAAAUCCACUCCAUCAUUUAUACAAGUAAAGCAGCAGAAUCCCCCUCCAACCCUACCCCACAUGCGGCCUUUAUUUUAGGUGGAAGAGAGACACAAACACACAGUGCACACAGGCAGCUUGCCCUGCACUACUCACACAGUACACACCAAACAGAACAAUGGCACCAGAAAUCACCUGCGAAGGAUACGCAAGCAACCACCGUGUGUAUACGGUCAACUUCUUCGGCAAACAUAUCUCCGUCACCGUCACUUCCUCUGCUUAUAUCGUGAAGAAAUGGCUUAGCACCACUAUCUUCCUCCGUCGAAGCAAUGUCGGUCGACUUGUCGUCGGCGUCGGCGUCCAAUGGAAUCCUUACAAAGAUAGAAAUGAUGCUCCCGGUGCCGACACUCUCCAGCUCUGCGUCGGCUGUCGCUGCUUAAUCUUCCAGCUCUCUACAGCCGCGAGGUCGCCGCUUCUUCUCCGGAGGUUUUUGACGGAUAGGAGGAACACGUUUGUGGGAAUACAUAAUGGUUCUGAUGAGAUAAUGUUGAUGAGGAGUGAUCAUGAGCUGCGCGUCCACAGGCUGUUGGAUUUGAGGAGGUAUGUGGUGAGUGAGGAGGGUGAGAGUCUUGUUCAAGCUUCAGUGGAAAGGAUUGUAGAGGAGUGUUUGGGGUAUGUGGGAGUCAGAUUGAAUCCUUACAUAAGUACGAGUGAAUGGGAGGAUUACAUUCUUUCUGAUGAUCAGGUUUUCCAAGCUUGUGUGAAAGCUCAUGUUGCUUUCAGGAUCGGUAAGAACUUGCGUGCCUGGAAUCUCUGAAGAUUAAGCAGUUGAGUGAAGCUUUUUGUUCUGAAAUGGAUCAUCACAAAACAACAACUUUUAACUUCUUUUUUAGGUAAUUGAAUUGUGAUUAUGAAGCAGGUUUAGCCAUUUUGGAGAUGUAAGUACGUACGUUAGGAAGGAAGAAGAUGGAUGGUUUUGAAAAUCCGUUUAGAAAUGACCGUAAUUUUAGUUUCAAUUUCAGUAUUUGAUGUCUGUUAGGGUUUACAAUUUUGUCUUCUUUUAUGGGGUUUAAUUAUUGACGUUUGUUUGUUUCGUUAUGAAAUUGUCUAUUUUUUCUUCUGAUGUGUUGCUUGGUGUUUCUGUUACGCAAUCUGGAGAAACUGGGUUUCGUUAAAAUCAGCAUUUAACAGGAACAGUUUCUAUAAGCAACGGAGAAAAAAGAAAAAACAGAAACGAUGUCGUUUUAUAUUUGCUA